CUGCGUCCCUGCGGCGGGGGGUGCCGGCUCGCCUGCGCGUCUGAGCACCUAUCGAGCCCCGGCGGGCUCGGAAGCGGCCGCCCGGGGCUGCCGCAGGGCGGGAGCGAUGCUGCUGGUCCCUCCGGUGCCCGCCCGCGCUCCCGGUCUGAGCGGGGAAACCGGUGGGCGCUGAAGAUCGGCGGGCACUGAAUCGAUGAAAACCGGCAGCGCUGAAUGAAUGAACCCGGUGGUCCCUGAAGACCGGUGGUCACUGAUUGAUGAAUCCGGUGGUCCCUGAACAGCGUUGGGCGCUGAAUGAAUGAAUCCGUUCGUCCCUGAACACCGUCGGGCGUUGAAUUUAUGAACCCAGUGAUCCCUGAAGACCGUCGAGCGCAGAGUCAAUGAAAACUGGUGCGCCCUGGAAACCGGGGGGUCGCUGAAUGAAUGGAAACCGGGGGUCGCUUAAUACCAGCGGAAGCUGAACGAGCACCGGUGAUCGCUGGAUGCCGGUGAGCCCCCAAAAGCAGUGCUUGGGAUGCGCUGGUGGCCACUGGCCGCUCCUCGGUGCCGGUAACCAGUAAGCGUGGGGCCGCGGUGAUGGUGAAGGAGGAGUGCAAAGCGCUGCUGGAUGCGCUCAACAAGGUGACCGCCUGCUACCGGCACAUGGUGCUAACCAUUGGCGGCACCUCGGACUCGCAGAACCUGCGGGAGGAGUUGAAGAAGACCCGACAGAAAGCCCAGGAGCUGGCGGUGGCCAACAGGAACAAGCUCACCACGGUCCUGAAGGACAAAAGCGUCAGUAAGGAAGAUAAAGCGGAGUUCGAGAGGCUAUGGGUGAUUUUCUCCACGUGCCUAGAGAUCCUGGAGAUCGACAUGAGGAGAGCCCUGGAGCUGGGCCACGAGUUCCCGCUGAACGUCCCCAAAAAGCACCUGAUCCAGACAGGAAUGAGUGGGGGAACCUCUGGAGUGGCUGCCAGGGCCAUGAGCGUCCAGAACAUGAAAUACGAGGCUGAGCGCAACAUAGACGUGGUGGAUUUGAAGGACCUGGAGAAUGAAAUCAACCAGGUAGGAGAGAUGAUGUACGAGAUGGAAAUGAAGGUCAAUGUUCCCCAGUGGACAGUGGAGGCUAAGCAAGACCCCGGGGCUGAACUAAAAUCCACCAUCAGUGUGGGCGCCUCUUCUAUUGGUAUGAUCUCGGUGGAGGAAAAUAAAUCCUUCUGCGAUAUCAGCAAGGUUCUAGCUGGGAUUAUUUUCUCUGCUGUGCUCAUCAUCGCUAUUGUCCUGGCAGUGUGUGUGGUAAAACUCUCCUAGGGUGGUGUGGGCUCUUGGUGGGAGACAUCCCUCUCCAGUCUGUCUUUGGAGCAGUUUAUUUACAAACGGGGCACUUGGAUGUGCUGAGAAUUCAAACCCAGCACUUGAAACAACAAAGCUAAACUUUUGCCUCUCAAUAUCCUAAAAAGCACGAUUUGUUUCUUCUUGCUUUUGAAAAAAAAAAAGAGAGAUGCAAAUCAGCCUGCAAAACAGGAUGUCUUCAUCUGCUGGACUCGUAACGGUUAACGAUGAAGUAUCAGGGUAUUAUCGCUACUGGCUAUAGCAGGGAUUUGUCUGCUAUUAAUAGAUCGCUGUUCUCAGAAGCCUGUAUUUUUUUGUUCUUCAAUAGCCUCGGGUGUUUGCUGCUGGUCACUGUUUACGGUGUUUGGGAGUAAGACAAAUUUGUUGGCUAACACGGGUGUUUGAAUAGAAUACGGGUUUUUUUCCACAAAAUACACAAAAUAUCUCUGUGGAGGGAAAAGGGAAGGGUAAAACCCCCAAGAAAUGAAUGUAAACAAGCUCUGUUUUAGCUAAGUUAAUGGGUGGGGAGGGGGAGCUGCGGAGGAGGCUGGAGCAAACAGAACAAGCAGUGUUUGAUACCAAAUACCAUUUGUGGAUUUAGAGUGGUUUGUGCAGAACCUGGUUGCAUGGCUUGGCAGAGCGGAUGCGGAUGACUAAUGGCUUUCCGGAUCCAGAGAGGGAGAAGGGAGAGCUGCAUCUUCAAAAAAAUACUAGCGAGUUGUGGUUCUCAUCCACAUUUACCACGAUUUUGUCUUCCCCUGCAGAAAGGCUGAUUCUUGCUACAGGUUUAAGUUUUUCUUUCUGUAGAAGCAGUUUAUACUGCACAAUUACCUGUGAACAUGGGAGCAGUGAAUCUACUCACAGCAGUCAUUGUUUGAAAUAGAUUUUGGCAAACAAAAAUGAUGUUGAGUUAAAACAGACCUUUCUAAUGAUCCAAAGAGAUCCUCUCUCAUGUUGACAGGCAGGGAUUGAUGCCUGUGUAUGCAUGCAAGCUCUGGAAUUCUUUGCAGAAAUCCAGACAAGCUAAAGAAGUGACUUUGUUUCAUCUCUCAUUCAUGUCUAAUGAAUUAUUUGGGAAGCAGAGAGCCUGUAGCAUGGGUCCAGCUGAUACAUUGCUCUUUUAGGAGGUGAAUGCAAGAGCAGCAUAAAAGUUUCCGGUGCUUCCCUGUAAGAUUGUCAACAUUUAAAUGUAAAACUGGGAGGGCAGACACUACUUCUGCAGAGAAGCUCUGUACCAUUUCUUAAAAGGAUCUCUGUGUUAUAGUAUUUAUUGUGUAACUUACGGAAAUGUCUUCUGUUAACUGCGAACACACACUAUCCCUUCAAAAAUGCUUGGUACAUACUCCACUGUGCCAUAGGUGUAUGAGGCACUCCACGGGCAGCCAUAAAGAUGCUGUAGUAUUUGGGGUUUAAUAAGUUAUUAUUCUCCUGCAUUGAUUAUUACAGGCACGUUACCAAACAGUAACAAUCAGACAUGGUUUGUGAAGUUACAAGGCCACAGUCUUCACCCUUGUUCAAUGAAGCUAUGUUGACACACUCAGAAACAGCUGAUACUUUUGAGUUAUGAACUAAACAUACUUUGAAAAACAGUUUAUUCUUUAGAACUUAACUGGAUUUAGGGAGAAAAAGCAUGUGAUAAAUUUGAAUCUGACCACUUGUAGGUGAUAAAAAAUAUAAUGUCACUGGGAAAAAAGAAUAAGUGGAAGCCUGAAUUAUAGGCUGUAGACUUGAAGGAUAGUGUGAGUUCUGCACGUUGGUCCAGUUCAGCUCCCUUCGCAUGGGAAUUCACAGUUUUAUACAACGACUCCACAUUCCUUUCUGUUGUAUUUCAUUCGUUCCAUAGAAUGUGUUUUAUACGUAGUUAAUGAGGGUUCAUAGAGAUCCCCAGCAGCACUCUAACAAAGUCAAGCCUGCAUUUAUCGGUGCUACCCUUCCAGUCUGUCUAGGCGAGGCGUAAUUGCUGUCUGUUGAUUUAAAUGAGAAGAUGUCCUUCACAAUCACAUUUAUAUUUAUGGAAAAUAGAGGAAAAGCCGCAGGAGAAUGUACAUACUUGGAUUGCCACCACUGAUCACUGAGAAUUGUGGGUAUUUUCACUCUUUGCAAUCUCCUCUCGCACAAAACCAAAACAAGAUGAAACCACCAUUGCCCAAAAGUACUGCUGCUUCUUUAAAAUUAGGAAAUAAAUAAAUUAUGUAGAUCUGCAGUCUUCAUUUUUUUUUCCCCACAGGAAUGUAGCCAGAAGGAGAUUGGAAAUGCUAUUUUUUUAAGUGAAAAAUGGGAAGUCAAACCUCAAAAUACUCUAUAUUUAAAUAGCAUGAUGAAAAUGCAGAUACUGUCAUGCUGGUCAGGGAAUGAGAAUGUUAUUGUGCUUUAAGUACAAAAGAAGAUGGUCAUUUCUUCAUUUCAAUGUUGUUCCACUUCAGUUCUUUUGUCUUUAUUCACAGGACACACACCCUAAGUUUGCUGUAUGCUAAAGUCUUGAAUAGACCGAACCCUGACUUGAAUCACAUUGGGUUUGCCUGUGCAUGGGUGGUAUUUUCUACACUUUGAAUAAUUCAAAUUUGUUACUGUCACUAUUUAUUUAACUUAAAAUAAAGUACAUUCUUAUAACUUAAAGGUUGGCUUGCAGCAGUAAUUAAAACCAAACAAAAACUGGGAAUUGCUUGUCAGUAAGCUCUUCAGAAGUUCCUAUUUCAACCACAGGACUAAAACUAACACACUAAGCCCUCUCGUUGCAGUUUUUUUUAACAUAAAUGCACCCUUCUCGAGCUCCCAAAGUUGGAUAUAGUGAUAGAUCUUCAUUUAUACUGCAAGGAAAUCAGCAUUCUGAAAGGUGAAGAAAUCUCUGCUUUAGCAAGAGGCUACAAUAAAGUUUAGGAUAACAGGGAUGGCGUUGCCUUUGGCACUGCCUGUUCAGUUGUUGUCGAGUAAAGUACAGCCCCGUUGGCUUGGGCAGUUGAAAACAAAAGCAAGGAGGUGUUAGAUCCUCCUGGGGAGGAUCCAAACUCUGCCCUCUUCCAGCCAGCAAGGCUUGCAUUUGCUUUAGCAAAAAGAUAGACACAAUCUAAGGAGCGUGAGAUUUGGGCCUGUGGUAUUGAUAGCAAAAAUGGUCAACAGUUGUAUGCAGCUAUUGGAACUCGGGCUCAAUGCAGCAAUUGGUAAUUUUAUUGCAAGACUUCCAGUCUAUCACCAUAAAACCCUCAACGCUGUUCAGUUUACUAGCAAAAUAAAUGCAGAACCAUAAUUAAAAUUAUUCUCCUUAUGUGGCAAACAACGUAAUGUCCAGCUUGAGCAUUAUGGAUAUGAAAUAAAAUCAGUUUCAAAGUUCUUCAUGUGAAUAGGAAAAUAUUUAUUAUGUGAAUGCGAUUAUUUGAAAGCAGGCUAAACACCUGAUGUCACGACCUUUUGGAUUAAAAAUUAAACACGUGCUUACUGUUUGAAAGGACUGGUGAUGGCCUUGCUUUCUCUUCUAAUACAAGGUUUGUGUGUUGACGUACAUUUUCCGGGAAUACCUUCUAUUGAAGUGCUAACGGAACUCCUAGUCAACAUAUUUACCCUUCACAGAUUUUCAUUAUGUAAAAAGUCAUUGAGUAAGACCAGUGGAUUACCGAUCUCUAAGUGCGUUCUCUCAAUACGAUUAUGUAAGUCUUUUAAUGCAGGAAGAGAUCGGGACAAAACAGUAGCCUACACGUGAGCAGCAUUUGCUGCGGUAAGCAUGCAAUAAAAGUGGGGUUAGAAAAAAACAUCUUUCAUAUAAAAUUAUCUGCAUGUGUUGAGGGAAGGACAAGAAAAGGAAGGAGGUGGGUAUAGGGAGUAAAUAUGUCUUCAUCUUAUGUUAGCAAAGUAUGGUUUUCUUAAUUGUGAUACAAUAGCCUCACAGCCAUAAACUAUAGCUUCUCUGAAGAAGGCAGUACCUUCUGUCCGGUGUUCUAUCCCAGAGUGGAACUGACUCCCCAUUUUCUGAUUAAGUCAAUACAGAAUAAGAGUGGAAAUAUUUGGAUUUGCUACAUAUUGUUUAUAUCAAUUUUAGAAAAGACAGCCCUCUCCUCUCUCUGUUUCACACUCGGAGGGACUUUCUAUCGGAAGCAGGCGGUCCCGAAAGGCUGGAUUCUCUCACCCAUCCUGGCAGCUUGCUGCUGCAGCACUGUGAGGCAGCUGGAAACACCGAUAAUCAGCUACUGCCGAUUAAACCUGCGGAAAGGUGAAAAGUCACAUGGCAUUUAACCAGCGUGAAGGCUCUUCUGUCUCUUCUCUCUUCUCUUGCAGCCAAGCACAAGCGUUUCGUGCUGGAAGCAAUGUGACUUGAAGCCACGUGCGCAAAUACAAACAAAAUUACAGCAUCUCGGAAGAUCUGUCACCCGCAGAGGCUCAUUAGCAAAAACAGUUAUGUUUAUUGACCGGUACCAGUAACUUUGUCAGAAUAUCUACUGUGGUUCUCCUAAGUGCCCACAACUGACUUCUUGAGCCUCCCCAGUGCAGGGUCGGGGUUUAGGGCUGGAUUUCUUUGAUUGAACUGUAUGCUUUCUUUUAUUUACACUGUAUUGCAUGACAGUAUUUAUCUUAUAUUUACUAAUAACAACAGAACACUCUCACCAAGCCUCUAGAAUUCAGUUCUAAUUCCGAAAUGGAAGUCACAUUGUACAUCACAGUGUGGCCUGUGAUUUCGGUUGGUUUUCUGCCAUGCACUACAAUAAUCCCUGAAGUCUGUGAUCAGCCAAGCCUGUUGGCUCUUGGAAACAAACGUUCAAAGCACAUACACAGUCUAACUCACUGCGGGGUCAUGGCAUUUGGAAUUACAGUGCCUAAAACACGACUUCAAAUAUCACGGGGAUUUUGUAAGAAUAGUAAACAUCAAAGAAUAGGAAAGGUCAUACUGCCAUGUAUAACAGUUUUGAGGAAAAAACAUAAUUAUUUCAAAAUUCAAAUGCAAUUCCUUUGUAUGAUUCUGAAAAAAACUAUAUAUAAAUAGCAUAAACCUUGGGGGAGAAUCACUGAGAAACGCAGAAAUGAGAAAAGAAGACCAAAGAAAAUAUUUAACUAUUUAUACCAUAUAAAAUGUCUGAGGAGUACCCGGCACGCCAAACAUGAUACUCUCUAAGCAACUUAAUCCAAUAUGCUAAUCACAUCUGCAACUUUAUAUGCAAACACCCCUCAGUUCUGGGUCCUAGAGGGAGUGGUUGGAAUCAUCACUCAUACGGUCCAUCCAUACUUACUUCAGUGAGAAAUUACAUGUGUGAAGACUCUUCAUGUAAUUAAAAGCUGCAGAAUUAGAACCAUCACUUCAGUUUUGCAUAAGCCGUGUAAUCCAUUACGCGCCUGCUGGAAGUAGAACAUUUCCAGUUGUUAAUACUAUCUGUAACCUCUUUUUCUGAUCUGCUUUGAUUUGUUGCAAUACAGUUUGGUUGCAAUACUGUUUUGUAUGGAGAUAGCUAUGUUUUUUCUUAUUAUUUUUAGCCAAUCUAUUUAAUGGUGCUAUAAUUAUAAAAUCAUAGAAUGGUUUGGGCUGGAAGGAACCUCAAAGCCCAUCCAGUCCCACCCCUGCCAUGGGCAGGGACACCUCCCACUGGAUCAGGGGCUCCAAGCCCCAUCCAACCUGGCCUGGAAGCCCUCCAGGGAUGGGGCAGCACCACUGCUCUGGGCACCCUGGCCUCUUCCCUCAUUGGGAAGAAUUUCUUCCUAAUGUCUAACCUCAAUCUCACCUCUUUCAGUUUAAAACUGUUUCCCUCAUCCUCUCCCUGCCCUCCCUGAUCAAGAGCCCCUCCCCAGCUUUCCUGCAGGCUUUUAAUGAACUUGCAUUUCCUAGAUCGGAUAUUUAUUCACAUUGUGGACACAAUAUGCAGAAAACUUUACAGUGAAUAAUCUAUUUAUUUGUUAUAUUAUUUGUUGCUUGCCUAUUCGUUGCUAUUAAGUGAGCUGAACGAUCUAAAAGCUUUAGAAUGUCAUUUCGAAAUAAGCCAGAUUAAGAAGCAAUGGCCAUGCACAGCGAAAUAUCUUUUUUUUGUUGAUACUUGAAACUUUUUUUGAUACUUUUGAAACCCAGCUAUGAUGGAAUUGAGGAAUCCAAAUCAAAUGUCAGUAUUAAUAAAAUGCUUCCUAAAGUGAGAUGUUGGUUCAACAGACUUUUUCAAGGUUUUGCUAUCUUGCCCAAAUGUGUGUGUAUAUAUAUAUAUAUAUUUAGGUAACAAUGUACUUUAAAACUUCAAAACAGACGAGUUCUGUAAUGACAUAUAAUUAAAACCCUACAGGCUUCUCCCCUUUGGUGUCUGCUAGAACAAACUCAAACAUCUCAGAGUAUGAGACGUUUAAUUAGAGACCUCCA